UAUUAUUAUCUCAAAUCUUAAUUCGUGGAAAACAGGAAAUUCGCGGAAGAUGGCCGUUGACUGGACGCAACUCCCGCGAGAACUCGUGGAAUCAAUCGCCGACAAACUCACGAUCUACGCCGACUACCUCCAAUUCCGCGCCGUCUGUCACAGCUGGCGAUCCUCCGUCCCAAACACCCCGCGCCACCUCCCUCCUCAGCUCCCAUGGCUAAUGCUUCCCCUGGUGCAAUCCAACCGAUCCCAUCGUGCGUUCUUCGACCUCUCGGCCCGCAAACUCCACCAUCUCCAGCUCUUGGAGGCCACCUCGCACCGCAAGCGCAGCUGCGGCUCGUCCCACGGCUGGCUCGUGAUCCUCGACGAGUCUCCAGCGGUCCUUCUCCUCAACCCUCUCACCCGAGCGAGGUUCCACCUCCCUCCGCUCUCGGCCUUCCCCAAUAUCGUGAGCUUCAACUACUCCGAAGUAGGUAUGGAAUACGCUCUACGGGCCGUUUCCGGUGAGAUCUACCGGCGUAGUUUGCGGGAAAUGCGCGACACCUUUAUUAAGAAAGUAGUUCUCUCCUCUGCGCCACUCAACAACAACUUCAUCGCGCUGGCGAUUCUCAACUACUACCAUCUUUUAGCAUACUGUAAGAACGGCGAUCGAUCAUGGAGUUUCAUACACGGUGCGAAUUUUUUCUGCGAGGACGUUAUAUAUUAUAACGACCUAUUCUACGCGGUGGAUAAGAACGGCGCAAUUGCGGUGUGCGAUGUAAACGGUGCGUCGCCGAGGGUUUCGGUUAUUAGACCGCCGUUACAAUUGGACGGCGACAUGCAGUAUUUGGUGAACUCAGGGGACGACGAGUUGUUGUUGGUGACACGGUAUGUGGAUCUGCAAUAUGAUGAUAUUGAUCCUUAUGCGCCUAUCGUAUUCUACAAAACGAUGCGUUUUGAGGUUUUCAAAAUGAAUUGGAGCGAGCCACUGUGGGAGAGGGUUACAAGCUUGGGUGAUCGGAUGUUGUUUAUAGGGGAAAGCACAUCGAUGUCGUUUUUGGCUUCUAAUUUUAGGGGAUGUUUAGGGAAUUGUAUCUAUUUCACGGAUGAUUGUGAAUUCUAUGAUGGUUCUUUUGGAGACUAUGAUUUGGGCAUCUUCAAGUUGUGGGAUGGGAGCAUUGAACCUUUACCUUGUUACCCGCGAAAUCCGCAUUCUCAGACCCAUUGGCCUCCAAUUUGGGUUACGCCAAAUCCGUGCUAAUAUUUCGACCUUGAAUAUGGGAGUACAUGUGACAAUUGGGUCUUCGUAGAGAGUAGAGACUAUGAAAACUUGUGGACAUGUUUCAAAGAUAUGUGAAAACAAGUCCUGAUUUUUGGGGCCAAUCUUUGAAUCUGUUCAACUGUAAGAGAUAUACACCAGCAUUAGAUUUUGUCGUGGGAUUGUUAUUAUU